CAAUCGAUAGUCCAUACAUGACACUCAGUCAUCGGUGGGGAACAGCACAAUUUCUGCGCUUGACGACGGAGACCGCCAACGAGUUGUAUACAGGCAUUGAGACUACGAAGCUUGCGAGAACAUUCCAAGACGCAGCUGUAGUUGCAAGAGCUCUUGGGCUAUUAUGGGAGAUAUAUAUGCUGGAGGAAGCUGUAACAUUGCAGCUAUCGCGUCGGAAGACUGCAAUGCUACGGCUAUUCCUUCAAAUGAUGUCGAUGGGUUGCUGGACGAACCUUGCGAGAUUACUACCAUGUGGAGUAAUCACAACAACAAUCGCUUCAAAAUCCACAGACGAUGGUUAUGGAAAGAGGACGUUGAUGAAACACCUCUGAUGCUUCGUGGCUGGGUUGUCCAAGAGCGAGUAUUGUCACAUCGAAUUUUAUAUCUUGGAAAACGUCAAGUGUUCUGGGAAUGUCAGGAACUGCAAGCUUGUCAAGUCUUUCCUGAAGGAGUUCCGAAUCCGUUCUUCCUGAGAUAUGCUGUCAAAAGAGUCAUCCCGACUCAGUGGCAAUAGCAAAGCCCAAAGAAAACAAGCUCGUAUGAUCUCGAAGGGUCUUCUGAUAGCGUCCGAAACGUCCACAGGUGUUGGUCGAAUGCACUCA